CUUCAAAUGUCAUAUGCAAGAAUGUUGUGACAUUGUCAACAAAAACUACUUUUACUGAAGAAAUCAUAUAUUUAGCUCUUAUCAUUAUUUCCACUAUCCAACUCUAGUAAAUUAUUCUCAAAACGCAUAAAUGGAUGACGAAGAAGAAUUUUGGAAUAAAUCAAACAUACAAAGUUUCAGCUUCGAUGAAGAUGAGAAAGGCUUUGUGACUAAACACGAUCAGAAGCUGUUCGUGGAUGACAAUGUGUCCGAAAUUAGCUAUGAACUUCCAGCAAGUACAGAAGUCCCAUUGCGUCUCAUUAUAUCCGACAAUGACCUGCAACUAGUGCUAGAGGAGCAGUCAUUGAAAGAAACACCUCUACCAAAAAUAAUAUCAAUCGAAGAGGAGUUGAAAAUUCUACGACGUAGGGCACAUGCAGCGCCACCAGUUCCAUCGAUAAUCAGGAAAAUUCUAUUGAAGAAACCGUAUUCUUUUGAAUGUUUUCGAGCACUCCACGAAAAAGAGAGCCUAUUGAACGAAGCCAUUCGUUGUGGCAACGGUGAUGCAAUAUUAGCUGUAGUUCUGUUUUUGCAACGAUCAUUGAAAAAGAAACAUUUUUUUCAAAUUAUGCAGAGCCAUCCCGAGGCUGUGAAACACUUCAUCAAUUUUUUGAUGAUUCGAUGUCAAGUGGCCGAAGCAACAGAAUUUUUGACAAUGCUUGGAAAAUCGAAUGAAAAUAUUAUUUUGCAAUACGAGUCAAUGAUGAAACUUUGCAAGAGUCCAGAUGUGAAGAAACAAAAACUGAAUAAAAUCUAUAAUGAAUCUAUUGCGCAUCAAACGGGGUCAAUUUGUCCAUACUACGCAACGACUGUGACCAAUUAUAUAGCAUUACUCGAAUGGCAACUAAAAGAGAAAAUUAAUAACCCAAAAUUGAUCAAUAUUCUAGACGCUUCUCCAUUAGAAAGUUUAUAUGUGUCUUGCACAAAUCACAAAUGGAGUAGUGCAUCGUUAGAUUUAUCAAUAGCAAAUCAAUCAAAUCCGUAUUAUUUUGCCGACAUGUUCAAAAUAGCACAGUCCCAGUUUGACUGGAUAAUAUUGAAUGAACGUGCACAAAGUCAGGCAUGGUGCGAUUUAGACAAAAUUUUCGAGAAAAAAUCAUGGCAUUCCCUCAAAACCACGAAAUCCUUCUCAAUAAAUGUCCCCCUGGACCGUGUGAUUUUCCAGCUAAAUGCAUUUAAUGCGCCAGCAGAUGUUUUGAACAUAUUCUUGGCACAUAUCGACGACCCACACCGUCGGCUAGCCGUCGCUAAGCGAUGUCGAAAUGCGGGCAAAAGUAUAGUUGACUCACUAGUUGAGCUCAAAAACCGAGAUGAAUUAGAGCAAUAUAUAGGAACCCUAAACAUUCGAGAUAAUGUUCGCAUUCAUGCUGAAAACGCACUCAAAAAUCUGGUAAGUAUUUCUUUCAUUUCCUAUUUGCAAGUGCAACAUAAAACAAUUCUUUCUAUAUUUUGCAGCAAAAGUCUAAAUGGAAAGCUGAUGGUUUGAAAUUGUUGAAAAAUUAAAAAUUGAACAACGAAUAUUCACUAGAUGUUUUUAUUCAAUGAAAAUAACAUAGUACUAAAGCUAUACACAAUGAGCACAAAUGAAACGAAUUUCUUCUCUUUCAUUUUGAAUCGAAAAAAGUGACAUUUAGACGAGGGUAAGUCUUUGAAUAAUUAAUAACAAACCAACCCAUCGAACCAUUUAAAUAUUUAUGUCAUUCGUUAUUUUGUGAAGGGGCUGAAUGAAAGAAAAAUCAAUAAAUUUGGAAACAAGUACACGCGAAAAAUAAAAUUAUAUGCAAUAAAUGGCAAUAAGA